AUGAAUAAAAUUGAUGUAGUGACAGAAAAAAAUGAAAUCAUUAACCUUGCAGUUAAAUUGAUAUGGAAUGCUACAGAAAAAAGUGUUUCUUCAGUAAUAUUUAAUGGCGAAACUGCAACAGUUUUAAGUCAAGCUCGUUCUCGUUCAAUUAUUGUGGAUUUGGAUGAAACAGAUUCAGUGAUUAUAAAAGGUGAAACUUAUAGAAAAUUAAAUGAAAAGGUAAAUGAGGACAGUGAAGAAGCAUCAAAUAUAGAUAAUGAAAAAGAAAUUGAUCAUGUGUCUAAAGUUCAAAAAAGUACCACCAAGGAAAUUCAGGAUAACGAUUUAAAACCAUCGAAAGUCUCAAUCGAUGACAGUCAACCCUUCAGAAAUGCGUCGACAAAGAUAAAUAAAUUUACAGCUGUCAAAUUUACGCGAAAUGAUAGUCAAGCUUUAAAUAAUCAGCAAAUAGAAAGUGACAAUGAAACAUCGUCGCAAAUUGAUGAACUAGAAGAUGAGAUCAUGUCAAAUGAAAAAAAAAACAAGCAAAAUUCCAAUUCAUAUAGAAGGCGAGUUUUAAAACGUAAAGCUAAGAAUAAAGGUAGAAGAGAUAAAAGUAAAAAAAAGCGUAUUGAUGUAUUAUCAGACAUAGACGAAAUAAUGCUCGAUACCUUCUCGCCGUCAACUAAUGAAGAUGAAAUUUCAUAUGUUUCAAUUCCAGCUGAUCAAAAUGAUUACCCAAGAGUUAUAAUAUAUCUUCAUGAAAUAUUGAAUAGUGAUAAAGGAGAACAACAACAUUCACCAAAUGAUAAUGAAAAUAAUCAGUCGAUCGAAAAAAAUGAUGUGAAUACCCUUCUAGAGAGGAUCGUUGUCGAUGAUGAACCCCGGGCUGAAAGGAUUGAAGAAAUCGACAAACCAUUACAAAACAGUAAAAAGAAGCAAAUUGAAGAUGAAAUGCUUAAUGAAGAGGGUUUUAUAUCAGACGAUGAUGAAGUAGACAAUGUCUCCUUGUUGUUAAAUGCAAGACUAUCUAUUAAUAAUAAAAGUAAUGCUUUAACUUCACCUCAAGAAUUCUCGCCGUCGAAUGAUGAUAAUGAACAAGCCAAUAACGAAAGUUCAGACCAAGUAUAUACUUUAGCUGGGGACCAAGGGUCCGAUGAG